CAGUGGUAUUACUAGCCCUUCAACUUAUGGUCAUACCAAUUGCAGCAAAAAAACAAAAAACAAUGCAGACGCACACGCGAGAGUAAAAUGGAGUGUCCACAAAUUGAUUUAUACGAAUUCCUCACAGAGUCCGAGCUGCAGCAGUACUACAAUGCCGUCAAAAAUGAAUUGAAAAUAACGAACGCAGCCCAGUUCAAAUAUGCGGCGGAUGAGGAUUUGCGUUUUAUCGGGCUCUCGCGACCGGAAAUCCGGAGGCUUCGCAAGUUCUACGAGAAACACUUUCCCCACAGCUACCUCAGCAAGAUCAAGCGUCUGCUGCAGGCGCCCGCCACGAUAGUGAAGCGCGAGGAGACCCCAGGCACGGCCCAAGUCUCCCAAGAUGGCAGUACCGCCGCCAGCUCAUCGUUGGCUGCCAAAAAUGGAGCGGGCUCCCCCGGCAAGGUGCCCAACAACAAGCACAUCAUCCCGGCGGACUCGAUCAGCGUCAACAAGCAGCUGGGCACCGGGGAGUUCGGAAUUGUUCAGCAGGGAGUCUGGACCAAUGGCAGCGAAAGGAUCCAAGUGGCCAUUAAGUGCCUCUGCAGGGAGCGCAUGCAAUCGAAUCCGAUGGAGUUCCUCAAGGAGGCGGCUAUCAUGCAUUCCAUCGAGCACGAGAACAUCGUUCGACUGUACGGCGUUGUCCUGGCUACGGACUCCCUGAUGCUGGUCACCGAGCUGGCCCAUCUCCGUUCGCUGCUCGAGUGCCUGAAGGACUCCGGUCUGCGGGUCAGUUUUCUCACCAUACCCACGCUCUGCGAGUUCGCACUGCAGAUAUGCAAUGGAAUGCGCUAUCUGGAGCAGAAGCGCCUGAUCCAUCGGGACCUGGCGGCCAGAAAUAUUCUCGUAUUCAGCAAGGACAAGGUCAAGAUAUCGGACUUUGGACUGUCGCGCGCACUGGGUGUGGGCAAGGACUACUACAAGACUAAUUUCAAUGUGAACCUGAAGCUGCCGAUCGCUUGGUGUGCCCCCGAGUGCAUCAACUACCUGCGCUUCACCAACGCCUCGGACGUGUGGGCCUACGGCGUCUGCCUGUGGGAGAUGUUCUCGUACGGCUUCCAGCCCUGGGCUGCGCUCACGGGUCUGCAGAUUCUCGAAGCCAUCGACUCGCCCAACUAUCAGCGGCUGGAGCAGCCCGAUUGCUGUCCCAGCGAGUAUUAUACCCUGAUGAUGAAGUGCUGGCAGGACGACGCCGCCAAGCGUCCGCGGUUUGGCGAGAUUUACGAUCAGCUGCCGGACAUGAAGCCAGAGCAGCUAAAGGCGGUGGUCAACUGUGCGGAGCCGAAGAAGGAUCAUCUUUUGUACCGUCAGGGAGACAACAUCACCGUGCUGGAUAGGAAUACGGGAACACCCUUCUGGAAGGGAGUGCUGAGCACGGGAAAAACGGGCUACUUCAACCCCUCCAACACGGUGGCCUUCCUCGAGGGCUUACCCAGCUCCAGCCGGGACUCCUUCAGCCGAGCCAGCGACCACCGGAUCAGCAAGCGCAAGCUGCGCACGGAGAUGAUUUCCAAGCCGCAGAACGACUUCAAGCAUACCGGCCAUGUGGGCAUCGAUGGAGCCACUUUCGGGGAUAUCGCCUUUCUGGGCAGCUCACAAAAUUACAACCACGUCCCCAAGCAGAUAGUAACGCCCUACAAGCCUUCGGAGGAUAUCGAACAAACCCCACUCCUGCUGCCGCCGACGCCAACGAGCCCGGAUUCAUUGCAAACGGCCAGCGGAUACUUCCCGGAGGGUGCCAGCAGCACCACCUCCAUGAACCCCACAUUCAUUCCAUCCGCCGAGCACACGCCCAAGCUGAUAGCCACCAAUGGACAGAGCUCGUUUGAUUUUGCCACCGGAACCGGGUCCACCAAUCCGUUCUUCCUCAACCGCAGCGACGAUGAGCAGCUGGAGUUCGCUCUCCAGAACAACAACUACGGUGGGGACGGCAAGAGCCUUAAUUCGGGCGAGGCUGGCUGGCGUCCCAACUCUCGGACGGUGGGGGAUGACCUGCACGAGUACCACGAGAUUUCGGACGACGAGAUGGCGGCCGAUAAGCUGGACUUUGGACCGUCUCUUCUGGACGAGAUCAACUCCAUGUUUGGAUCGAUAAGCGGGGCGUCGGGCAGCCAGCCCAAGUCACCAGGUUUCGACCAUGUUAACAGCAAGAACGAGUUUGCGGAAAUGUCCGCCAAACUGGGCCAGAAGAGCGGCGACACGAAUGGCAACAAGCACGGGCACGGAUUGUUGCCGACGCUGUCGAAGAAGAAGACCUCGGGAACGGUGAAACCCAUUUCCGUGAAGGACGAAAAGAUUCUGAAUCAUGCCAUCGAAAUUGCCAACGAGAUAAGCUCCAGAUCCAUGAUCAACCUGGUUUCUGACCAAACGCCUGCCACCCACAGUCCUAAGCGCAAGUUCAGCUUUCGAUUUCCGCAUUUAAGCAACAGCGUUGACAAGUCUGGAUCCCUGGGAGGCGGAGCAGCCUCCGGCACUGCCCUGACACCCACCCACGGCAAUGCCUCGCCCUUUUCCAAAAAGAAGAACUUCUCCGAGGAGCUGCAAAGCAUUCCGGACAUACAGCGUUUCCGCUCCCUGAGCGAGAUCAAGAACGGAACGGACCUGCGGGUGCCCAUCUUCGACAAGGAGAGCUCCGACUUUCUGUUCGAGAAGUCGCGCGAAAUCCUCAGCAGGCCCCUGAACCUGGAGCGGGAACGGGAACGGGAGGAGAAUCAAAAGACCAAGAGCAUCGAUGACAACAUCAUGGACAUUGAGAACACUCUCAAGGCGCUGAACCUCGACUUUAUGCACACCUACACGGAGCUGGACAAGAGCGACUCCAACGACACCAUCCUGAACGAUCAGCUGCCGCAGCUGAUGAGUCUGGACGAUGGCAUCAGCAGUGCCACGGGCAGCUUGAAGUCCGCCGUCUACAGCUACAGCAACGGAGUGCAGACCAUGUUCGAUUUCAACGCGGCCACCAGUCACCUGGACAAGCACUUGCAGUACAUGCACAACCAGGCCCAGCUGAGCGCUGCCGCCACGGCUUCCGUGGAUCCCAAGCCGCUGGAGGACAAGCGGUCCAGUACGCCGGACACGGGCUUUGCCUCGCGGGACACCAACAUCUCCCUGUCGCGGAGGAGCAGCCAGAAGUCCAGCUACAGUCCACAAGAGAGCUUCCAUUUCCCUCUGAAGGGUGAGGCCCUUUUCAGCGCUCCCCCUGUGGUCAUGUCCGGGGGAUACACCAGUCUCAAGGAUGAGCUGGGCUACGAGAGAUUCGGCAACGGCGCCACCAAGCAGAUGCUGGCCAGUGCCUCGCCCAUCAAGUCGGGAACUGCCGGCUCCAUGUACUUGGGCUCGAAGGGAUACCGCCAGCGGUCGACCUCCUUCAACGAGAGCUUCCACCCGAUUUCGCCCGUGCUGUCGGAGCCGCCGCAGCGGGAGCGGGGUGUCAUCCAGCGGCAGGUGCGGCUGGAGCACCAGGCGCCACUGCCACGUCGCUCUGCGUCCUACAAGCCCCGCUCGAUCAGGGCCCGCACCCUCAGGCGUCUCAGUUACAAUCCCAUGACCUUGGACUCCAGUUCCUCCAGCGGUGAGGAGCCGGUGAAGCCAAGUCUGGCCCGCUCCGAGUGCGACAUCCGGGCCCGGGUGACCAACAGCUCCAACACUUCACUGGGGAGGCGUCGCAGGGCGGGAUUGAAUCGCCAGGUUCAGUCAGCCUGCCACGACGAACGCGAGGCCAUAAUCUCCCCUCGCCAGAUCUACGGCUCCAACUCGAGCAUCAAGUCGGCGCCUCACUACAAUCUGGGCGGGCAGCGACGCAGCUUCCAUCGGGGUGGCGCUGGGAUGGGAGUCGGUGGCUACGAGCACUUCCAGUACGAGGAUCGCAUCUACGACUUUGGAGGCCGUGGGCCGGGCAACAACUACAAUGUGGGACACGCCAGCUAUCUGAGCUCCGGGCAGAAAACGAGUUACAUCCUCAAUGGCUCGGAGUUGCCGGGAUCGGGAUCGGGAUCCUCCUCGGCUGCCUCCUCGGCCGUGCAGGCCACCUACAGGGCCGGAGCAGGAGCCGGCCUGCAACGACCAAUGAGCGGAGGAGCUGCUCUCCACGAGUUCGACAUCAGUCGGCUGACGGGAAAGAGUCCCACGUCCAGUCACUUCGUGGGCAGCUCGCCGGAGGAACUGAAGCAGCGCCAGCUCUCGGCAGGAUCGCUGCUGACCAAGCCGCAGCGACCCACAGAGUUCCACUGGCCGGAGAAGAUACACGCCUCGGCGGUGAAGCAGCACGAGAUGCACUGGCGGCAGAUGCAGCACCAGCAGCACUCCGCCACCACGAUCAUUGGCUUAGCGGGAGCGGGCACUGCGGUGGCAGUGGCAGGGGUGAGGAGGUCCAGCGACAGCUCCUCCUCGUCGAGCACGGAGAGCGGCGAUGAGUUCCAGUUCCGACGCGAGUUCGUGGCGCCCCGGAUCCCGCCCAGCCCGGCUCCAUAACUAAGGAAAAUGCUGAAAUACGUUCUCAAUUUACUGUUCGGCAACGUGUUGUCGGAUUAGAUGGCGACCAUGGAGGAGGAGGAGGAUGGAUGGCUAGGAAUGGGAUGCGGGCGGUGUUGUGUGUUUGUGUGUGUGCGUGUGUGUUUGGAUGGAAGGAAGGAGAUGGAGGGCGAGGAUGGCGGGUCGAAGAGUAAAUUGUAGAAGUAUUUACAGCGAAUAGGAUAUAUAUUUUUUGUAUUUGCAUUUUUUGGUAACGAGAUGAGAGUGUGCCUUAUAGGAAAACACCGAAGACCUCUCAGAACAGAUAAUAAUGAUGUGCGUGCUCCGCGCAUGCGCAGCUUCCAACCCAUUGAAUCAGCUCCAUCAUCCUCAUCGAUCAUCCAACUCUCUAGAUCUCUCUAAAAAUACUCAAUACCGUAGACUACAAACGAUAGAAUCUUGAAAUCUUCAAAUCUUUCACCCCCCAGAAUCAAAUAUAAUCUUUAGAGAUAUAGAACAAAAUAAUGAAUGGCUUCCAAGUGGAAUAGAAAAAGUUCAACAAGUUUUUUUUGUAAAGAAAUCCCAGCAAGAGCUUGGUUGUCGGAAACAGUAUUCCAAGGCGGCACACAGGAUCGGGUGGGGAACUAGACAGGGUAGAGUAUUACCUAUGGCCGGAGAGUGCUCCAACUUUUCAGGCUCGAAGGCGGUAAUUUUAAGACUCACACACACAGACACGGCGGAACAACAACAUCAACCGACAUACACACACAUCCGAUACACACACACAACUGUUGACAAUCCUCAGAACUUGUCCACACAUCAGAAGACAUUCGUCGGAUCAGGAUUCGUCCCUGAUCAGGAUUAUGUGCCAUAUCCUGACGCGUGCAUUUUUUAUAAAAAACAAAAACCAAAGAUAAAGAUUAAAAACCCGAUUCAGAUUCAGAAGCAUUUAAGCUAUCAAAACCCUAAAAGUAUCUAUAAGAUUGGAACUAAAACUAAUCCAAAA